UCGCGUCCCUUUCAGUUGCGGAGCACCAUGCGUCGCUGAAUAUCUGCUCACUCCGCGUCAGUUUCAUUUCUUACAUUCACUCUGUGUAUGUGACUGUACCUGUGGUUUUGGCAUUCUUCGUGAUGUACAAAUACAAAGAUCUUUCUGUGGUUCUGCUGUAUCUAAUUCUCAUUGUCUUAAUUACCAUUAGUAUAUUUGCAUACAAAACCAAAGAAUAUGGCUCUACACUCCCCAUCAACCGGACGGAGAAUUCCCAACCUUCUGCCGUAUUGGACAUCAUUGAGCUAAAAGAACAGUUUCCUGCUCCUACGACGACCUCGGAAUCAACUGGAAGCAACAUCACGCAACGGGAGCUCGCAAAGGCCGAGGAAACUUGGAAGAGAAGCAUCGAGCGCAGGUUCGCUGAAAGACGGGAGUCGGUUCGCGCGCGGUGUGAGGAAGUGGGUCCCUAUAGGUACAAUGCAAAGAGAACAGCCCAAAUGUCAUUUUACUGCAGCAAAAACUACAAUAUUUUCGUGUGUGUUACUGCUAAGUCCGGCGCCACUACCUGGAAAACUCACCUCCUCCGGAUGGACGGCGUGACCGAGCACGUCCGCAAUCCGCACAAAGGAAAAUACGACACUUUAAUCCGCGCCAGCAUUCAGCUUGAUCCCGACCAGCUCCAGGAGGCAGCGACAUCCCGGUCCGCCACUCGAAUCAUGACUGCCAGACACCCUCUCACGCGCCUCGUCUCUGCCUACCGGGACAAGUUUAACGACGGGGAGCGCCCUCCGGUAUCCCGGUGGGGUCGAUUAACCGCAAGACAUUGCAAGAACUGCACUGGCCCCGGCGGGACUCUCCCUUUUCCUCAGUUUCUCACAUUGGUAUUAACUGAGGCGAAUUCUAUGGGUGUGGCGGGAUUAGACAAGCACUAUCGCCCCUAUUCCACCGUCUGUAGUCCGUGCGAAAUCCAGUAUGAAUAUAUUUUCAAACAAGAGACCUUCGACGAAGACCUUCACUACUUAACUCAGGUUCUUAAUCUCAAAGAGGUGAAAACUGGGCUGCGAACGAACACCAAGGGAAACACGACACAGUAUUCCAGUUACUUGGACUACUAUAGGGAUGUUCCUCCUGAUGUCCUGAGGCAAAUCUACAAAGUGUAUGAAAAGGAUUUCAGAAUUUUCGACUAUGAAUUUCCUGAGACUCUUUUGAGAAAAAUGGGAGAAUAAAAGUUUCCACCUACAUAGAUUGUGUUUAAAGGCAGCCCUUUUAGAAAAUGAUUAUCCAGUUACCAUAUGUAAAAACAAAUAAAUGAUUAUGAAAUGUAUUUUUUGUAUAACAAAGCUUCACUCUGUAUCUUUUAAAUCUUAUGGAGUAAACAGUGGUCAUGAAAUGCAAUGUUUACAUGACAAUUUACAGUACUUCAAAGUGCAGUGUGAUAUCUUACACUUCCAGGAAGAGUUAUAUUUUGCAUCAUAGUCGACAAAGAAUGAAGAUCUUAGACCAGGUCUGAUUUUGUUUUUGAUGUGAAAUGUGAACGUAAUAUUCUAAUUUGAGAGAAAGAUAUAAAUUCAGACAUAGAAUCUUGCUUCUCACCUCGUUCACGACAGUAGAAUAUAUUGCUAAUUGUAAAGUUGUCAUCUCAAUAGACUUCUCAACAGUUUUAAAACAAACAAACAAAUAAAUAACUGAUUAAUUAUAAAUCAUUAUCACUUUCGACUUUCCAUCACACCCAGAAACAAGAGGAGGGCACGAGGAACAGUUACACACAUCACAGUGCUUCAUCUACAGCAAAGAUCAAAGAGAGAUGCAAGGUCUUAUUAAGUAAGGUCAGCUUAUUCCGACUUCCAAAGUGGUUUAACCCGCAUAGAUUCCCAGGGUAUUGCGGGCAAGGGAUUCAGAUCUACCAGCGACAUCAUUCUCGCCUGAAUCUCUAUCGCAGCAACGUCCGAUCUGAUUCUCAGUUCCUAAGCACAAA